AUGACAAACCACCUCUGUGCUCUUGUCAAAAGAACUGGGUCGGCACCCCACGGUCGCGAUGAGCGAAUCUGCAUCGCGGUGCGCGUGGAGGUGAUGACUCAGCUUCAGGCCCAUGGCAUCGUCCCAGAAUACAUCACCUAUCCCCAUGUGACCCUCUCCUCUGCCUCUCGCCUUUGUGUGCGCCACAGCCCUCCUGGGGACUUCUCCUGGCAUUCCCUCGCUCUCUUGGAUCCCCAGACAUCGCCAAAGGAAGGCGAGGCUCCCCAAAGCUGGACAGUACAUGAAGUGCAGGGGCCACUGGUUAAUCCCAGUCACCCGCUGCUGGCUGUGAGAGCAAGCCUGCUAGCACAGGUUUAUGAUGUGGAUCAGCGUGCCUUAAAGCACCCGUGGGAAUUUGCUCACCCAAUUGAGUACUGGGUGUGGCUUAAUGCAGACACUCUGGCUGUGGUGACAGAGAAAGACAUUUUCCACAGGACCAUGAAAUGCACAAGAUCAAGAUGGCAGUUCAGCCUGCAUGAGCGACUCUGUGUCACGGAGGUGCUAGGAUACCAACAGGACGCCAGUCACAUGUGGAUGGCGCUCUCAGCUCUAGGGCUUGACCAAUCUCUUUCUCCUUUCCUUUUCUACUGGCAAGGAGGCUUCUUGUCUCAGGUCAUAGAAGCCCAAGCAGUGGCCUUGGCCCGACAGUUCUCCAGGAAUCCCAAGCCUUCCACAGCUCUUUUGGCUAUGGUGUGGACAAAGAAGGAAUGGACUGGUCAGUUCCAUGUAGUGGAACAUGGCCCCCACCAGCCAGACAACGCAGCCCUGCUUAGUGCCCAUGGCAUCUUGUCUUUCAAGGGGACUUGGCAAGGGGAUUUCCGCAGUGUGAUACAGUUCCUAUCCCACUUGGGUGUGGUGGUGAUUCUGACCAAACAUGCCUUCCUCUUUCUUGAGGAUGUGGAGACAGCACAAGCCAUCUGUCACAUCCAGCUGACUUGUGAUAUCCUUUUUGCCACUGUCCUUGAUGACGGUAGGCCCCAUCGCCUGCUGGGUGUUGGCCACAGUGGUAAGGUCCUUUCCAUCUCCAUCUGCCCCUAUGCCCUGGGCCAGUAUCUGUCCCACCACCCCACCAGCCUCUACCUUUCCCAGAGAAUACUGCAGUUGGUGGGGCAGAGUCCUGUCCCAUGGAAAAUCGUUCCUGUGGAAUAA